AUGACUUAUUAUUAUGUCAUAUGUGCGUAUAGCGUAUAUACAAGUAAACAAUUUUUUACCGUAGUGGCAGACAUUAGAGAUGCAAGCCAUAUCCUGAUUGCAGUACCUAAGAGUCUCACAGAAGACAAGCAAGUCGAUAUGACAUUCCUUCACCAGGCUAUUGCUACGGUUGAGGAGCAUGCUUAG